GCUCGCUUUCGCGCGCGCUUUGCGUUGCCUGCCGACGUUAUUCGCGCGAUCGGCGAAGCGAGGUAGCGCUGUCUCGCGGCGGAAAUCGAGUUUUUCCCAACACCUCUUCAUAAGUCCGAAGUCUUUCCCCUCCACCCGACCUGUUACAACCACGCCUACGGAGGCACACAAUUGGUCCCGAAAGCGUCAAAGAGCCAAUCAACGGAGCCUGGAGUCUGGCAACGCGCGUCACAUCCACACGGCUCUGGAGCUCAUGGAAUUCAGAAGCACUGGAAAGAUCUCGGUGCUGGGAACUCGCCACCUCCGCGCGGGCCAAACGGACUUUCUCCAACGUUUGCAUUUGUGUGUAUGCGCGCAACGUGUGUGUGUUUUUUAUUACAGUUAGUAGGGAAGUUGUGUGUGCGCGCGCGUAAAGAUCCAGGCGAUGUCAUAAAUUAAUGGACUCAUGGACAUUCAUUUGCUCCUCCAGUGCACGAGAGAUCUAAACGGUAUCCAUCAGAAUGUAGAUUUUUGAACACCAGCAACCUGAACGCAUAUUUAUUUAAAAGAAAAAAGAGUCGUUCUCUUUUGGUUUCGUAUUUGUGUGUGUGUGUGUGUGUGUGUGUGUUUUGGCUUAAGCGAGCUGAACACACGCAAGAGAGCAUUUGAAGAUAAACUAUACAGCAACGCCGGAGGAGUUAAAGGAUAGCCUUCUCUUCUUCUCUUUUGCAGUCGCUUUGCUGGAAUCCAUCUAACCCCAGAACACUACGGUUGCUCGAACCCAGGCUGUGGAUGCUUGUGUUUUAUUUCCAAAACUGGAUUUUUGCGGAUUUCCAAAAAACUGGAUAAAGAUUCGGACUCCGCGGCGCGGUUAGAAAACACAAAGCAAGGCAGAACUUCUAGAUCAUCAGAUAUUGCUAUAUGCAAUAUCUGGACUUUUGGAUGACCUUCCUGAUGAGAGAUCCAGUUAUCCCAGGCUCGAGUAUGGCAUACCACCCGUUUUUACCUAACCGGGGUCCAGAGUUUGCCAUGAGCGCCAUGCUGGGCCACCAACCGCCCUUCUUCCCGGCUCUGGCACUACCACCGAACGGCUCGCUUUCGCUACCAGGAGCGCUCGGGAAGCCCAUCAUGGAUCAGUUGAUGGGCACCUCGGAUUCGGGCCUGCACUUCUCCUCUCUGGGGCAUCAGGCCGCCGCUGCUCAUCUACGGCCUCUAAAAACACUCGAGCCGGAGGAGGAAGUUGAGGACGACCCAAAAGUUCAUCUCGAAGCCAAGGAACUUUGGGAGCUCUUCCAUAAAUGCGGCACAGAAAUGGUUAUCACCAAAUCAGGAAGACGAAUGUUUCCUCCGUUUAAAGUAAGAUGCACUGGCCUGGACAAGAAAGCCAAAUAUAUUCUGUUGAUGGAUAUUGUAGCGGCUGACGACUGCAGGUAUAAAUUUCAUAACUCACGCUGGAUGGUGGCCGGUAAGGCUGAUCCCGAAAUGCCAAAGCGGAUGUAUAUCCACCCCGACAGCCCAGCUACUGGCGAGCAAUGGAUGUCCAAAGUGGUCAACUUUCACAAACUAAAACUCACCAACAAUAUCUCCGACAAGCAUGGAUUUGCCGUGUAUUCAUUGCAGACGAUUCUGAACUCCAUGCACAAAUACCAACCGAGGUUUCACAUCGUUCGAGCCAACGACAUUCUCAAGCUGCCGUACAGCACGUUCAGGACCUACGUUUUCCCCGAGACUGAUUUCAUUGCUGUGACUGCGUACCAAAACGACAAGAUCACACAACUGAAAAUCGAUCACAAUCCGUUUGCUAAGGGGUUUCGAGAUACUGGAAAUGGAAGGCGUGAAAAAAGGAAGCAGUUGGCCUUACAGUCCUUAAGAUCUUACGAGGAACCUCAGAAAAAAGAGAACGUCACCUCUGACGAUUCAUCCGGAGAACAGAAUUCGUUCAAAUGUUUCCGACAGAGUUCAUCUCCCGCCGUGGCGACUGUGGGACGGCAGAGCUUAAAAGAUUUCUGCGACAGCGACGAAGACAGUGACGAGGACGAGAGAGACGCAAACCCCAAGGAAGGACCAGACUCCAGCAAAAUCUCCACCACCACUGAAGACGCAAAGGAGCGCGAUGGUGCUUUAAACAAACCCACAAACUCGUUUGGAGAGGGCGACUCCAGGGUGCGCGAGAGCAGGACUGAGAAAAGCCGGGCCGAUUCGCGACACAGCCCGGUGACGCUCAUUUCCAGCACCACGCGCUCGGGGGAAGAGCUCAAAAGUCCUGCUGGGGAUCAGCCCAAAUCGGACGAAUGUCGUUCGGUAAGCAAGGAGAGUUACACGACACCACUGACUGUUCAGACAGACGCCGGUGCGCAUCUGAACCAGAGCCACAUGCACAGUUUCGGAUUUCCACCCGGUUUGGCGGGGCAGCAGUUUUUUAAUCACCUGGGAAGCGCCCAUCCUUUUCUCUUGCAUCCCAGUCAGUUUAAUAUGGGAGGUGCGUUUUCCAAUAUGGCCGCCGGGAUGGGUCCAUUAUUAGCAGCCGUGUCCUCAGGAGGAGUGACCAGCAUGGACGCGGCCAGCAUGGCGUCACCGUCGCAAAGUCUGACUGGUGCGCCAGGAGUGCCUUUUCAUCUGCAGCAACACGUCCUGGCAUCUCAGGGAUUGGCGAUGUCACCCUUUGGAGGCCUCUUCCCAUAUCCUUAUACGUACAUGGCAGCAGCAGCUGCUGCUUCUUCUGCAGCCACCUCCUCGGUCCACCGCCACCCGUUCCUUAACGCCGUGAGACCGCGUCUCCGGUACAGCCCUUACUCCUUACCGAGUGUCCCGGACAGCACUUUGCUCACAACCGCCAUUCCUCCCCUCGACCUGAAGGGGGACGUCAUGGCUUCCAGUCCCGUUUCUGCAACUUUGGAUUCCACUUCAGAGGUGACCAGUCGUUCCUCGACCAUCUCAUCCGGCUCAGUGUCUCUUUCACCAAAAACGGGCUCUGAAAAAGAUUCAAACAGCGAUUUGCAGAGCAUCCAGCGCCUUGUGAGCGGACUCGAGUCAAAGCAGGACAGACCACGAAGUGUCUCUCCUUAAUCAUUAUAAUGGUGAUUAUUAUUAUUAAUAAUAGGACAUGAUUUGCAUUGGGAAUCAUUAAGGACAUUGAUGAUACGGAUCAUGUACGACGACGCCCUUCUAGCGAAAGCAGGUUUACAUAGGCUGUGGACCUAUAAAUUAAAAAAAAGAUAUAUGUUCGGUUUAAAAAUGCACUUUGGUAAAACACAAAAUAAGAAAAAAAAUGUUUAUGUUCACGUCUUGUAAAUUAAAACAAUCUCUCUUUUUUUUCUCCUGAUGUUUGAAAUUACCGUAGAAGUAUUGAAAAACGAAUUAUGGACUAGGGAAUUUGUCACAGGUCGAAAAAAGCUGCUGUCCUCUCUACGUUUUUAUGUCAAAUCUCUGGGGAGGGGGUGUCAGUCAAGUAAUUUUAAUAUGCACUCUUAAUAGAAAUUUAAGUUUAUUGGAUAUCUGUUUAUCUAAUAAUAAAAAGGACUGCUAUGUUUUUUUUUUUAUUAGUUAUUAUAUAGUCUAUUGUUUGAAGCCUGUCGUUACUGCCAGAUGGAAGCAGGCGUUCUGCAUGUUGCGUUUUGUUUUGAUUUUAUUACCAAAUACACACACACACACACACACACAAACACACACAAAACUACAUCCAGCGUGAAAAAUGACAAAGCAGUGCGUGCAAUAUUACUUACAACUUCAACUGUAAACAAAAGUUCGGACCUUGCAAUCACUCCAACUCAACAAGCCACGUGUAUAGAAACACAUGGAACACACCCUACAUGAAUAAAACGAUCUGAUAUUGUAUUAUAGGCUUCACACCGCGGUACACAAAAAAACAAUCCAGCGUUGAUAUGAAAUGGGGGAACUGGAGCAGUUUACCGACGGAUGCGGUUCUAAUGACUAUAAUGUAAAUAGUGACAUAUACUGUAGCUACAAAGUAUUUAUGUAAUUAUUUCAUAUGAAUAUUGCGUGUAAAUAUGACGGAGUUGGUUUGUUCCUAGGGGAUCUGUUAUUAAUUUAUUGUUGAUAUAGUGUGUUAAAAAAAUCGUUUGUGAGGUAUUCUCAUUGCUUAUGACAUUCACAUUGACGUCCCUCUGACUGUAGAUUGUUAAUGAGCCCCGGAAAAAAUAUGUGCCAUUGUUCCAUACUGUUCUCUCUGUGUUCAAGUGUUUCUGUUCAAACGCAUUAAAGGCGACAACGCAUUGCGCCAGUGUCUUUA